CAGUGCGUUUUAUGGUUAGUCUAUGGCACUGCGCAGCAUUCAUUGAGUUGUCUUUAAACUGACGGAUCCAUCCAACCUCGGACUGGCAGUUUUAAGGACGUAUCUGAAACUGAACAAAUAUGGAUGCUAAUCAGCUGCUCGAUGCCUCGAUCAUCAGGAUCCCGCCUCACCACUAUAUCCAUGUAUUGGAUCAGAACACCAACAUUGCACGGGUGGAGAUCGGCCCUCUCACCUAUAUCCGCCAGGACAAUGAGAGGGUUCUGUUUGCCCCUGUCCGCAUGAUCAUGGUGCCGCCCAGGCACUAUUGUGUUGUGCUCAACCCUGUCACUCGUGAUGAUGAAGGCCGAGUUCAGUUUGACGCAUCAGGGCAAGCUAAGCUCAGACACGCUGACCUGGAAAUCCGCCUGACCCAGGAUCCGUUCCCUCUUUACCCUGGUGAAGAGGUUCAAAAGGAUGUGACACCGCUGCAGAUAGUGUACCCGGACACAGCUCUGCGUCUGCAGGCCCUGCUGGACUUUGAAGAGGAGGGAGGAGAGAAGAGAGUAGCUGGAGACGAGUGGCUGUUUGAGGGACCAGGGACGUACAUUCCCAGAAAGGAGGUGACAGUACUGGAAGUCAUAAAGGCCACGGUGAUCAGAGAGAAUCAGGCCAUUCGCCUCCGAGCACGGAAAGAGGGCCUAGACCGCAGUGGAGUCCAAAGAGUGACUGGUGAGGAAUGGCAGGUCAGUAAGGUGGGAGCUUAUCUACCUGGAGCUCACGAAGAGGUUGUGGAUAUUGUCAAUGCUUUCAUCCUCACGGACAAGAAAGCUUUGCAUGUGCGCGCUGUCCGGCCAUUCCGGGACGCCGGGAACCGAGAGCGCCGCACUGGAGAAGAGUGGCUGGUGACUGUGGCAGACAGAGAGGCUCACAUACCCUCUGUUGCCGAGGAGGUUGUCGGGGUGGUUGACGUGACGACUCUGAACAGCAGGCAGUACUGUGUGGUCCUGGACCCCGUGGGGGCCGAUGGAAAACCUCAGCUCGGACAGAAGAGAGUAGUGAAGGGUGAGCGUUCCUUCUUCCUCAGGCCCGGAGAAUAUUUGGAGAACGGGAUUCAGGAUGUGUACGUGCUGUCUGAGGAGGAGGGGCUUGUGCUGCGUGCUGUCGAGGCCUUCAUUGACACCGAGGGGCAGGACAAGGUAGAUGAAGAAGAAGGAGGGGAAAAGCGGACCAAAAUAAGGGGAACACAACGUCGUCCAGGUGACCGUUGGAUGCUGCGCGGGCCAGCCGAAUAUGUGCCGCCUGCCACCGUGGAGGUGAUGCUUAGACGAGAAGCGAUCCCGCUGGAUGAGAAUGAGGGAAUCUAUGUCCGUGAUAUCAAAUCUGGAAAGGUGCGUGCCGUGAUUGGUCAGACAUACAUGCUAACGCAGGAUGAGGAAUUGUGGGAGAAAGAGCUUCCAGCCAAUGUAGAGACUCUUCUGGCCCAAUCCCGUGACCCGUUAGCUGACCGCUCUGAUCGAGGAAGGAACUUUGUGGAAUCUGAGAGAGAUAAAACCAGAGUGGUGUCUUAUCGUAUCCCACACAAUGCGGCCGUGCAGGUGUACGACUACAGAGAGAAGAAGGCCAGGGUGAUGUUUGGGCCUGAGAUGGUGAUGCUGGGCCCUGAUGAGCAGUUUACGAUUCUCUCCCUUUCCGGAGACAAACCCAAACGUCCUAAUGUCAUCAAAACCAUUUGUCUCUUGCUUGGCCCAGACUUCUGUACCGACAUCAUCACCAUAGAGACGGCUGACCAUGCCCGCUUGCAGCUGCAGCUCUCCUACAACUGGCACUUUGACAUCAAAAUACCUGCUGAUGCGGCCAAGGCCGCGGCUCUGUUCUCAGUGCCAGACUUUGUGGGCGAUGCUUGCAAGGCCAUCGCGUCCAGAAUCAGAGGAGCAGUUGCCUCAGUGCAGUUUGAUGACUUCCACAAGAACUCCAUCAGGAUCAUCUGUUCGUCCGUCUUUGGUUUUGAUGAGAAGCUUGCGGUGCGGUCCAGUCUGCGCUUUAACCAGAACGGGUUAGUUAUCAGCAGCGUGGAUAUUCAGUCUGUGGAGCCGGUGGACCAGCGCACCCGCGACGCCUUGCAAAAGAGCGUGCAACUAGCCAUCGAGAUCACCACCAACUCACAGGAGGCUGCUGCACGACACGAAGCAGAGCGUCUGGAGCAGGAGGCUCGGGGUCGCCUGGAGAGGCAGAAGAUCUCAGACCAGGCAGAGGCAGAGAAGGCGAGGAAAGAGCUGUUGGAGCUGGAGGCCCAGAGUGCUGCAGUGGAGAGCACAGGAGCAGCGAAGGCUGAGGCACAAUCUAAAGCCGAGGCAGCUCGUAUACAUGGAGAGGCAGCGGUUGAAGAAGCCAAACUCCAAGCAGAGGCUCGCAAAAUCGAGGCUGACUCUGAGCUGGCCCGUCUGUGCAAGGCACGUGAGCAGGAGCUGAACUACAAGAAGGAGAUUGACCGAAUGGAGGUGGAGAAGCGGCAGAAGCUGGCAGAGAUUGAGAGUCUGCGUUUGAAGGAGUUGAUCGCAAACUUGGGCACCGAUACCCUGAAGGAAAUGGCCCGAGCCGGGCCCGAACUACAGGUGAAGCUCCUGCAGUCUUUGGGUUUGAAGUCUACUCUUAUUACAGAUGGCUCCUCUCCUAUUAAUCUCUUUUCUACUGCUAAUGGCCUCCUGGGGGCUCUGCAGGGCAAAGACCAAGAUUAAUAAAUAAAAAAUAGUGGAGACAGAAGUUAAGAGGCCUUAUACCACAUGAAAUGCAUAAAUAAAACUGUGAUGUUAUACUCCAUGUUGUAGUUUACACUAUUAAUAGCUAAUACAUUAAACACAUGGAAAUGCAGCUUUAGCAGUACUCUUGUUGUCCUGUUUUUCAUGUGAACUAAAUUUCAAAAGAUUUUUUUUCCUCUCGGUUUACUAACACAAUUGCUUUUUCAUGUCUUUAUUUUGUUUUAUUGUGUUAUGUUGAAAUGUGCCUAGAUGUCUUUAUACUGUUCAUAAUCAGUAGUUUUAACCAAAGAACUUUCUGGAAUUUUCUUUUUUUUUUACUUUGCUCUGCUUUUUCCAGCAAUAAAACCAUUUUUAAUGGUCUAAUAAUGCCUUCUCAAAUAUAAAAUAAAAUAUUUUGCUUUUGCAUCAGCUGUAUUCCAACAGUUGUUAAUAAAUAUGGCAGGGGUUCUCAACUCUUGGCCUCAACAUCCUCUGUCCAGCAGAGUUUAGCUCCUACCCAGAUCAAACUCAACUGCCUAUAUUAGUAAUCCUGAAGACCUUGUUUAGCUUGUUCAAAUGUGUUUGAUUAGGGCUGGAGCUGAACUGCAGGAAAGUGGAGUUCUAGGCCAGAGUUGAGAAACCCUGAAAUACGGGUUGUGAA